UCUACAUGUUUUCCCCCUACAUUUGAUGUAUUAUGUAUCUCUAAACCCACACUUAAUAAAAUAGAUAGUUAAACAACACAUAGUUUAUGUUUUAAAAGAUUAGUAACAAGCUAGCAAUCUGUCGCUUCGUUUCAUUGAACUCUGGGAUUUGCAGUUUGCUUCACACGAGUUUGCUCGCCAUGUGGGGACUGUCUUAACCUUAACGGGUCCCAAGUUUCCAAGCCUGACUUUACUUCGUGUCCAUCAUGUCCUUCUGUUUUAACUUCGACGUGCAUGCACAAACAACAAACCCCGACGACGUGGCUGGAAAUGAGUUGCAAAAGGGAAAAAACGACUGCACUGCUAAAUCUAUUAAAGACAAUACCAAACAAGCAGAGCCAGUAAAAGAGGCCAAAGAGCACCUCCCACCAUCUGACCCACAGCUCAUCCUUACGGAUGCCGUCUCUGAAACAGUCACCAUUGGAACUCUGCCUCCCCUCCACUUCCUCAAUGAGACAGUUUUUGAGAAGACGGUUUCCGAGAGAGAAGACGGGGAGGAAAUUCUUUCUCGCACUACAGAGCAGAGGUCUGAUCUCAUCUCUGGCGUGUACGAGGGAGGGCUGAAGGUGUGGGAGUGCACUUAUGACCUCCUGGAGCUGAUUGAGAAAGACGGAGAGACCUUUGGGGGGAAGGCAGUUUUGGAUUUGGGUUGCGGUGCGGGGUUGCUGGGGAUACUGGCUCUGAAGAGAGGAGCCAGGCAGGUCCACUUCCAAGAUUAUAACAGUACAGUUAUUGAACAGCUCACAGUGCCAAAUGUAAUACUAAACUGCCAAGAGGAUGACGCUGACAGCGAAGAUGACAAAGAAGGGAGCGGCAAAGGAAAAAUACCGGAGGAGGAGGAUUGCAAAAGAAAAGCGAAAGAAGAUUUAAAAGAAGGCAACCCACCUCCUAAGAAAAAAGCUGUUGACCCACCCCAGCAUCCACUACUAGCCAGGUGUCAUUUCUUCUCUGGUGACUGGAGCGCAUUUCUUAAUUUGGUUCUAAAGAAAGACCUGCCACCAAAAUACGACAUCAUAUUCACCUCAGAGACUAUCUACAACACUGCAUACUACCCUGCUCUACAUGAGGCCCUCCAUAAACUGCUGGCAGCAGAUGGACUGGUCUACAUCGCCACCAAAUCCCAUUACUUUGGUGUUGGUGGUGGAUUGCACCUGUUUGAGACGUAUGUGGAGGAGAGGGGUGUUUUCUCUGUGGAUCACCUGUGGGAUAGUGAAGAAGGACUUCAGAGACAUAUAGUAGUCCUUCGUUUUAAAUAGCACACUUAAAUUGAGGAUUAAAUAUGCAGCUUUAUUCUGAGACUCUGUUCUGUUAAAAUGGAUUAGUACACAUCUAAGUAAAGAAUGUAAGGAUUGUCCUUUAGUGUUCUAUAUGAAACUUGUACGUGAGUGCAACAGUGCC